AUGGAGUACCUCCAUAGAUGUUUGAAGAAGCUCCAAGGCAACACAAGCUUUAAAUUUCACCCUAAAUGUGAGAAGCUAGGUAUAACUAGUAUUUGCUUUGUUGAUGACUUGAUGUUAUUCACUAGAGGGGAUGAGAGGUCUGUACAACUCUUGAUGGAUACUAUCACUCAGUUUUCUGCAGCAACAGGUCUUAAAGCUAGCCCCACAAAAUGCAGAGUUUAUUUUGGGGGAGUAGAUGAGAAUGUUCAACAAAGGAUUCUGAGCAUCACUGGCUUCCUUACUGGCAGUUUACCCUUCAAAUACCUGGGAGUUCCACUCAUGAAUAGGAGUCUGAAUGUUAAUAUGUGUAGGCCCUUGAUUGACAUGAUUACUUCUAAGAUAACACAUUGGACUGCCAGGCUCCCUAGUUAUGCAGGGAAACAACAACUUGUGAAAAGUGUGUUGUUUGCUUUUACUAACUAUUGGAUGCAGGUUUUUCAUUUGCCCAAGUGUGUGACCAAACAUAUUGAAGCUAUGUGUAGAAGCUUUGUAUGGAGUGGAAAAGCUGAGAUUACCAGGAAGGCACCUGUUUCCUGGAAGAAGAUAUGUGAGCCAAAAAAUGCAGGAGGCCUAAACAUCACAUCACUGAAUGAAUGGAACAUAACUACUUUGGGGAAGCUCCUUUGGAACAUUGAGUCCAAGGCUGACAAGAUGUGGGUGAUAUGGGUGAAUAUAUACUAUAUCAAGGACCAGAAUUUCUUGCUAUGGUGGACUAGAGUUAUUUUGGCUCAAAUGCUACACUGGAUAGGCUACCAUCACAACCCUGGUAUCUGGCAGUAUGAGAAGCAAUGGCUCACCAUGGAAGCUAACAAGAAAGGAUGGAGAAGACAAAUCCUCAAAGCGGCAGCAACAGAGCUAGUGUAUGCAUUAUGGCAGAACAGAAACUCCAUAAUUUUUGCUCAAGGAACUCGUGAUGACCAUGUAUUAGAUAGAGUUAAAUUCAUUGUCUAUACAAGAUGUUCUAGGCAUAGAAUUAUUAUCACACAUUUUGAUGAAAAUACUCUUUGCAUAGAGUAA